CGCGGCCAGCUGCGGACGGGGGCGGCGGUCUCCCGUUGCCGUUGUUCGUCCUCGCGGCGUCAUGGAGCACAUCCGCACCACGAAGGUUGAGCAAGUGAAAUUAUUAGACCGAUUCAGUACAAGCAUCAAGUCCCAAACUGGAACUCUUUAUCUUACAGCAACUCAUCUGUUAUUUAUAGACUCUAGCCAGAAUGAAACAUGGAUAUUGCACCAUCAUAUUGCUGCGGUGGAAAAACUUGCCCUGACAACUUCUGGUUGUCCCCUGGUGAUUCAGUGCAAGAACUUCAGGAUAGUGCACUUCAUUGUUCCCAGAGAAAGGGACUGCCAUGAUAUUUAUAACUCCUUGCUUCAGCUAUCCAGGCCAGCAAGAUAUGAUGAACUGUAUGCCUUCUCAUACAAUCCAAAGCAAAAUGAGGCAGAGAGAGUGCAAGGCUGGCAGCUAAUUGACUUAGCGGACGAAUACAAUCGAAUGGGUGUGACUAACUCUCAUUGGCAACUAUCAGAUGCUAAUCGUGAUUAUAAGAUCUGUGAAACCUAUCCAAGAGAACUUUAUGUUCCCAGGAGUGCAAGCAAGCCCAUAAUUGUUGGAAGUUCUAAGUUCCGAAGCAAAGGAAGAUUCCCUGUGCUGUCAUAUUAUCAUAAAGACAAUGAGGCUGCCAUUUGCAGAUGUAGUCAGCCUCUCUCAGGAUUCAGUGCCAGAUGUCUGGAGGACGAGCAUAUGUUGCAAGCCAUCAGUAAAGCCAGCCCAACUAAUAGCUAUAUGUAUGUUGUGGACACCAGGCCUAAACUGAACGCAAUGGCAAAUAGAGCUGCCGGUAAAGGCUAUGAGAAUGAAGACAACUAUUCCAAUAUUAGAUUCCAAUUUGUUGGUAUUGAAAACAUCCACGUCAUGAGGUCCAGUCUGCAAAAACUUCUGGAAGUCUGUGGAACAAGAGGCCUAUCAGUCAAUGAUUUUCUCUCUGGUUUGGAGAGUUCUGGAUGGCUGCGACACAUCAAAGCAAUAUUGGAUGCUGCUGUCUUCUUAGCCAAAGCCAUAGCUUUUGAGAGUGCAAGCGUGUUAGUGCAUUGUUCCGAUGGCUGGGACCGGACAUCUCAAGUAUGUUCCCUGGGUUCUUUGUUGCUGGAUCCACAUUAUAGGACAAUCAAAGGAUUCAUGGUUUUGGUAGAAAAAGACUGGAUUGCUUUUGGACACAAGUUUUCAGACAGAUGCGGCCAACUGGAUGGUGACCCAAAGGAAAUCUCACCAGUCUUCACACAAUUUUUAGAAAGUGUCUGGCACUUGAUGGAGCAGUUUCCACAAGCUUUUGAGUACAAUGAAGCUUUUCUUCUUCAGAUCCAUGAGCACGUCCAUUCAUGUCAGUUUGGAAACUUCAUUGGAAACUGCCAAAAAGAACGAGAAGAGCUAAAAUUGAAAGAGAAGACUUAUUCACUGUGGCCUUUCCUUUUGGAUGAGCGUGAGAAAUACCUAAACCCUGUCUACAAUGAAAAAUUUUCUCAGUUAUUUACAGUUCUGGAGCCCGACACUGUAUCCUUUAAUUUUAAGUUUUGGAGAAACAUGUAUCAUCAGUUUGACCAAUCAGUGCAUCCCAGGCAGUCUAUAUUUAGCCAUGUCAUGAGCAUGAGUAAGCAAAAUAAACUACUAGAGAAAGACAUUAAGGAGCUGGAAUCUAAACUAGGGCAUGUGAACAAGGAACUGGAUGCAGCCUUCACCAAGGAACCUUUGCAAUCUGUUCUUCCUACGUCACCAGUCCUUAAAACAGCCCAGUGCUUUAAGAAAGAGCAGCCUCUCUUGAGUGGGAAUGACCGUAUCCGAGCAAUAGAGGGCUCCAACGCAGCAGACAACCGGUACAGCGAGUAUAUGGAAGAGCUCUCCAAGGCAGAGCCUACUGUUGUCAGCCUGGAGUAUGGAGUGGCAAAAAUGACAUGUUAGAUGCCAUGCAGGCAUCUUUGCCUUGUCCUUCUGAAAAGACUGAAAUUCAAGAUGGCAUUGUGAACCUGGUCUCCAGGACCAGGAUGAGAACCAGAUUUGUGUAAUGGAGAGCCUCAUGAAUGUUGAUUGUAGAACAGCUCAUUAGUUGUUGAGGAAAUGCUGUUCUUGCGAGGAGAGAUUGAAUGUAACAAUAUUGGAAAAAACGGUGGGGAACUUAGUAAACCUUUUGUGGCUUAAAUAACUAAAGAAAAGAAGAGGUUUAAGAUAACAGACUAGUUUGCACUAGAUGACUCAUAAUGUUAUUUAAUGUGUCUGUUGCCAAAUGGUUAAUAGUCUUUGAAGGUGGACUUCCUGGACAGAACAGACUACUUAACCUGGACCACUGAAAGUAUAUAUACGCAAUGCAUAUGGCUCCUGUUUAACCUGUUGCUUGUUACUGUUUUCUGUCAUCUCAAUGCUGCCAAAAGUCCCAUGUAUCAGACUAGAAAAACUAUCCUUAUAUAUUUCUGUGCUUUUUUCUUUGAGAAUGAUAGACUCUGAGAAACUCCAAAAUAUGCACAAUGACUUUACAUGAAAAUAAUUCCCUAAGUCCUUCAGAUAUGAGAGAGAUGUGCAGUACUGUAUUUUUAACUAUGGGCAUGUUAAUUUCAUUAGUAACAGUGAAUUUCUACUCUCUCUUCUACUACUCUUUCUCUUCUCUUUUUCUUCCUAUAAAAAAAAAUUGGUUACACGGAUAGUUAAUGGCUUGAAAUUGCAACCCGAAGGCAGGAAACCUGUACAAUUCUUAUCUGGUUAGUCAAAUACAACUUAAGUGAUAAGGCUUGUAAUCUAUUUGUAUCCAUGAAAGGAGCUAAAAUGUUUCAAGCUAAGUUCAUUUAGUGAAAACAGAGCUGGUAUUAAAGAAAAAACUGCAUGUCAGACUGGCCAAACUUUCAGACUAUGCAGUUUUAGUAACUGCAGAAAAAAUAGUUACAGGCUUAAAAAAGCAGCACCUGUCUUUAUAGCUUUCAAUACAUGGUUGGUGGUCUUGUUCAUUUUGCAAAUCUGUUUUUAAAAAGAAGCCUUAAAAAAAAGAUUUUUAAUUAGUAAAAAAUACUACAUUUAGUUAAACCUGUGCAUACGUUCCCUUGAAUAAUGAAGGAAACAACUUUUCUUACUUCAGAAUUGAGAAAGAAAUAAACAUGUUUACAAGCCAGGUGACAGCAGACUCUCUAAAGCCACUUGCUUUGAGGAAUGGUCAAUAUUCACAUCCUUGGGAUACAGCAAACCACCUAGGAUCAAAUUGAUCUCUAAUUAACGUGAAGAUUUGGUUAGUAGGGUUAUGCUCCACAUCUUGUAUAGGAAAAUCAAAUGUGUCUCUAAUGUCUUUGUUUCUGCUACACCAGAAGAUAAUGGAUUUGCUUUGAUGCAUGUUCCUGUCUCUUUUUUGCUAUUCCCGACUUGUUUUUAUUGUCCAAAUGAAGAAGGGAAAUGAGCUACGAGAGCUGAGUUUAUAAACAUGCAUCUUGGGGGUAUUAAGCUUCCUAGAUGGCAUGGUAGGCUAAUUUGUACCUGAGGGAUCAAAUGUGUAUUUGGCUCAGAGUGAAAAUUAGUUUAGGCUUGCUCUAAUCCCUGGUGGAUGUUUGAUAAAAACUGCCAACAGCCCACACGGAAUUUGACACAAUUGGCUGUGUCCUUCUGUUGUUGGAAUCCAGGCAGUAAUAACAAGGGCAACGCAGGUCAUAAUCAAACAGAGCUGGCAAAACUGGAGAGGAAACCUUAGCCAGAGUAUUUCAAGGGGUUAACAGGUUUUAAUUGUGACAUGUUUAAAGAAGGAGCAAGUUGAAAGCUUCUGUUUUUCAGCAUGUCUUGAUAUACUUAUCCACAGAUGCUGGUGGGGAGGGGAAAGUGGGAUCCUGCGUUGAGUGUGGUGAAUCUCAUGUAACUGUGUGCGCUCAUGUUUUUGCCAUUUUAUGUAUGGUGUGGAUUUCGCAUUGGCACUAACUUUUGAAAGGUGCAAGGGCAGAGAAAUAUGUGCCUUGUGGUUGUUUCUCCCUCUAAUUAUCUUCUAUGGAUUUAAAAAACUUACAUGUUAGCUGAAACAGAUAAUAUAGCACUAAAUGUUGCAUCA